CACAGGAAAUUUUUGUAGUAGGCUUAAAGCUUACUUACUUUUUUGUGCCAAGGGCCCAAGCCUAAAAGUCUGCAAAUUUUGCAAAAGGUUUAAAAAUUUCUUGGAGUUUGCAGAAUAAAUCUGCUUAUCCUUGACUAGGUCUGCGGAUACUGUAAAUGCUUACACUUAUCGCUUGAAAUAAGUACACUAAACAAAAACGGAACAACAGUGUUACAACACCAAGAGAUUUUAGUUCGCCGUGCUGUUUGUUGUCCUACAACAAACUAAUCCAAAUUUAUAUCGGGUCUGAUCUUUUGGUUGUAUCGUUUUUUUCCUGGACUUGGACACUUGAUCACCUGGUACUAAACUUUAACGGACGAAUUUCCAAGGAGUGCGCUUGAACGUGCUGUAUGCCAGCAUCAACCAUGCUAACUUCGAUGCAGCGAUCUCUACUCCGUCUACCACGCUUGCGCAGUGUGUUACAACCGAUCACUCCCAUUCGCUCGACAGUAUCGGAUGCCGCGCUGUUAUCGCAAAAGCUUCCACACGGACUUGUUGUUUCCAGGGACAAGGUGCUGGGAUAUUGGCUGCUGGGAUGCAGCGGAAUGGUUGUGGGAGCUGUGGUUCUCGGAGGAGUGACUAGAUUAACUGAGUCAGGUCUGAGUAUAACGGAAUGGCAACCGAUCCGAGGCGUUCGCCCGCCAUUAUCGCAAGCGGAAUGGGUUAGAGAAUUCGAGAAAUACCAAGAUUCUCCAGAAUUCAAAUACAAAAAUCAGUAUAUCUCGCUUAACGAGUUUAAAUGGAUUUGGUACAUGGAAUACGCUCAUCGGCUAUGGGGCCGUGCCAUCGGAGUGGCUAUUGCAGUUCCUGCUGCGUAUUUUUUGAUCCGGGGAUGGCUCAGUCCUGCAAUGAAGAAAAAAGUGUUAGCCUUCACUGCCCUACUCGGUUUUCAGGGAUUUCUUGGAUGGUAUAUGGUAAAAAGUGGUCUGGAGGAGAAAAAGAACCAGUACGAAAUUCCCCGAGUGAGCCAGUAUCGUCUGUGUGCGCACUUAGGCUCUGCGCUGGUGUUAUUUGCCGGGUUGUUUUGGGAGGGAUUAUCUCUCACGCUCCGGCCGCAACGUCAGCCAGUGGGGUUUCUUCGAGAUCUGCGGACCAUUCGCCAUUUCGCUCAUGGCACGGUUGGUUUGAUUUUUCUUACCGCGCUCUCGGGAGCGUUCGUCGCUGGUCUGGACGCGGGUUUGGUGUAUAAUUCCUGGCCGAAAAUGGCCGACCGGUGGAUACCCAGUGAUGUGCUGGCAAUGAAGCCGGCGUGGAGAAAUUUCUUCGAAAACCACAGUACGACACAAUUUCAACAUCGCCUGCUUGGAUAUUUAACGACCGCCUCGGUGGCCGGGUUGUGGCUGUAUUCGCGGAAGAAACUCCCGCACCGAGCUCAGUUGGCCGCUAAUUUAUUGCUGCUGAUGGUCGGUGUGCAAGUUAGUUUAGGAAUUGCUACAUUGCUUACUUACGUGCCGACACCGCUGGCAGCAUCUCAUCAAUCUGGAUCUCUUGCGCUGUUGUCGUUAGGAUUGUGGUUGAUGCAUGAGUUAAGACGGAUUCCGAAAAUUUGAAUGUUGAAAUUUUUUUAAGAGUUGAUUAAAUUGUUUUCUGUGGUUUGGAAAGGGAUUCUGGCAGCAACAGAUUUUCAUUAAAACCUAUUUACUUAACAACAUUGAUGUUAUUUGUUAGCGCGCCUUUUAUUGUUUUCCUUAUCGAUUGUCUUAUUAAAGGUGUCAA